AUGGCGGCCACGCUCUUCUCCACCUCCCUCUCGCCCCAGUUCCUCUCCCUCUCCGCCAAGCCCACCACCGCUGCCCCGUCCGCCGCCGCCUUCCCAUCGGGGCUGCCGCAGCUCCACGCGCUCUCCGCCGCGGCGGCGGGCUUCAGGCCGCUCGAGCCCGUCAUCUAUGACAAAUUGACGGGAAGAAGCCGUGGAUUCGGGUUUGUGACCAUGUCUUCGGUCGAAGAAGUUGAGGCAGCUGUUGAGCAAUUCAAUGGCUAUGUACUUGAUGGAAGAAGUUUGAGGGUGAAUUCUGGGCCACCACCCCCCAGGGACCAAUCCUCACCAAGAGUAUCCAGGGGUGAUGCCAACAGGGUCUACGUGGGUAACCUUUCUUGGGGUGUUGACAAUUCAGCUCUGGCAAACCUGUUCAGUGGGCAAGGUGAGGUCCUGGAAGCAAGGAUUGUAUAUGACAGGGAGAGUGGAAGGUCAAGGGGUUUUGGUUUCGUCACGUAUGGUUCUGCCGAAGAGGUGGAGAAUGCGAUAUCGAACCUUGAUGGCGCUGACUUGGAUGGCAGACAGAUCCGUGUCACGGUAGCAGAGUCGAAGCCACCUAGGCGGCAAUACUGA